AUGAAGGCGAUGCAGUCCCGGGCCGGACACGAGCGCGAAGCAGGGAAAAGUGGAAAGACGGUGGAAAUGGCUGCGAUCGUGCACCAGUACUUGAUGAUUGGCUCCCGCCGGGUACCGCGAACGGGCAACAUCCACAGCGGAGCCUCAGGGACGGAGGAGGGAAGGGGGGGCGAGAACAGGACGAGGGGUGUCCGUGAUCAAGUCACACAGGUGUAUGUGUCGAACGGCAUCACGGGCUGUGGAACGAAGACCGCUGGAUUCGGACCGUUGGGGAGAGCGCGAGCUCCUUCAAUCUCCCGUGCAUUUGCCCGAUUUGAAUAUCCCCGGUCUCCGCUGCACGGCUGCACGGCCCUUGCAAGCUUGCUGGCCACGGCUGGAUGUGGUUCGCCCGGACGGGUCCAGCGUGAAAGUGAAAGUGGUGCGUGA